GUUUUUAUCGACUGUUUUGGAGUGGUCUUCGUAAAAUUAUAAUAUGGCACCAUUGGCGACAUUUGCGUUAUGAGGCAGCAACAACAACACGGAUUUGCGUCAAAAAUGUGUAUUGCGUGAAAAGUCGUAUUUUGUUGUGUAAAGAAUGUUUUGGUCCAAAUAAGAAAGUUCAGCAGCAAGAUGAUAUUUAACGGUUUUUAUUAAAAGCUUAAAAAAAGCAAAACUAGUAAUAGAAGCGAAAAAAGCACAAUUUCUUAAAAGAUUAACGAAAGAGUACCUUUCCUUAAGUGUUAUGCACGCCCAUAACUAACAGGAAAAACGCGUCACGGCUCAAUAAAUGGAAUUUGCUUGGCAAUCAGGGACCAGCUGAUUUGAUUUAAUUAACUGGAGCUCUGAUUAUAAUACUUUAUCUAUAAAAUGAAAUAAAACACUUAUUACUUAAAAAAAUUGAAUACGUCAACAUCAAAUUCUUCCAUUUGACCUUUCUGUUGUGGAUAAGACUUCAUUUGGCUUUGCACUGUCAACUGACUUGCUUAGUUUUCAUUAAAAAAGAUGGGUCAGGUGUUUCGAUCAGGGUCAGCAUUGCUUUCACAUCGCGACGGUCAUAAAGUAACCAAGGCCACAGAAGCACGUAUUCAGACUCUUUUCGAAAUACUGCGGGCUAAUCCGAAAGUAUCCAUCCACACUUUGGAGAGCCUUUUGCUGCAAAUUCCAAAGAACGAAACUAUUUUGAUAAUACACGAUGAAUGCGGGUACAAUAUACUGCAGCGUAGUGUAGGCCUUAACCACAUCGAACUCACCAAGUGGUUGUUACACCGGCAUCGGCCAGAUGUUAAUCGUAGUCCCUGUUCACUGCCAUUGCAUAUAGCUUGUUUGAAGGGAUACGAAGAAUGUGUUGAAUUACUUCUAAAGCAUGGGGCGCGCAUCGACACCGAUUCACGCAUGUGCUUUCCAGGUGUACAUUCGCACAACUGUGAAGAAAGUGGCAAGUAUCAUGGUAAUAAUGAUGAUGUGGGAGCUACGCCAAAUGUAUGCGAACGUGCUCAUACAAAACUGCAGAAUGCUGUUUGCUACGCCAUAGAUGGCGACCAGAUAAAUGUGCUAAACAUAUUGGCACAAAAAAUGGAAGAUCCUUGGGUACCCUUUCGAGUUAAAAAACCGCUACUGCAUUUAGCAUGCGAGCGUGGAGCCUGGAAUUGUGUACAACAACUGGUUAUGACUCGUUCGGAAGAGAUUAAUUUGAUUAAAGACGAAUAUUAUCCUAUUCAUCAGGCUGUGCUGCAUGAGGGACGUUUUUUGGAGCUUCUCAUACAACACGGUGCUGUGACGACUGUACGCACGUGUACGCAACAAAUGACACUUUUGCACGUUGUUAUUUUUGCAGCGCGCAAAUCUGCUGAAGAUACCUUAAGUACCUUACGUAUUUUAUUGGAGCGCGGAUGUAAGGAACUCAUCAACGAACCUGACUCUCUAGGCAAUACACCACUUCAUGCCUUGAUAGUGCGCUAUGCCCUAGAGGAGGCCCGCUAUGGCUAUGACAAGUGGAGCAAGUGGGAUGUGCUGCACCUGGUGCGUUUCCUGCUGCAAAACGGCGCAAAGAGUUCGAUUAAUCAAACCGGCAAUAGCGCGCUGGCAUGUGUCUUUCGACAUGUACGCGACUGGGAAGUGUGUUUUGAAUUGCUGAACAUGCUAAUCAAAGAAGACGGCGAUCCGAAUAUUGUGGGACGUGAUGGUUCAGUACCUAUAAUGGUAUUGCUUGUACCGUUAAUUAAUAAGGACCAACUGCACCAUUUUACACACUCUAUGAAGGUGUGCUACUUGAAUUGCAUUCGAAUACUACUGCAAUAUGGCGCCAAUCCAAAUUGCUCGUAUCGCUCAAAUUUAACACCGCUACAUGUUUUGGUAUUUACCGUUAGUGAAAACUUUACGCUUAAUUGUGAUGCACAAAAACGAACAAAUUUCGACUUUAUUAAGAAUAUACUGUUGUUAUUAUUGCAACACGGUCUCGACUGCAAUCAAACAUAUCCGCACAUACUACAAGCCGUAUGUGAUAUGGUACAAAAUGUGCGCAACUGCUCCGACAUGCAAUGCAUCUACGAGUUGACCCUCACGCUCAUACAGUACGGUGCUGAUCCUAAUAUAGUGCUCAGUGGUCAGGCGACCACAGGAAGUGCCAUAUUCUCCAACGAAAUUGCCAGCUUUGGCGAAGCGCUCUGUAGUGGCGGCAGUGGGGCCAAUAGCAAUGGCGGCGUAGCCGGAUCCAGCAGUGGUGGUGAAAGCUCGUUUCGCAAUUCGUUUCGUACACACUCACGUUACCUGCUUUUUUAUUAUAUAAUUUUAAUUACAAAGAAAGAGUUUAUUCUUAAUGAUCCAGCACUGACCUUUACACGCAUUAUACAUUUGUUUUUCUUGACGAUGCAUCAUGGACCAUUAUACAAUUGCCUUAAGUCGUUGCAUAACUUUUACGUGGCGCAAGUGCCAAAUAAAAAGACCGAACAAUUGAUAUCGUUAAUUUCUUCAUUGUAUCGCAAACCGCGCAGUCUUAAACAAAUGGCUCGUAUCGCCAUCUACGAGGCGGUAAAUCGGAAACUGGCACAGAAUGUGAAUCGGCUCAAUUUACCAGGUCCGCUGAAAGAGUAUGUUUUACAGUUCGAGAGAUAA